AUGUUUGAUUGCGUCUUCCUCAUACCUGGUCUUCUCUUGCGUGCUCCUGUUCUAGCCAGUUCCACCGACGGUGAGGCGACAAACCAUGACAACUCGUCUGCAACGCUCAGCUUUCCAGCAUUUUUCCGGAGCCGCUUCAAUCCCCGUACGCUGCAGCAGAAUGAGCGGCUCAUUACGGCGCUAGAUGACAUCGAUGUACAGCCGGGCAUGAACGCAACUCAGCCAUGGUCAUCAUUCACCUGGAGCGGUAAACAAUCCGAUGACAAAGUCCUACCCAAUGCCGGCAACACCAUUGCCGAGGACGUAAAGCAUCAAUCAAACCGUGUCGUUCAACCGGUGACUGAAUCCACGCCGGAUCAGUCGCUGGAGCAGGAGUGCGGAAUUGUUGCGCCGGGUGUGGACGGAUUUCCCUGGAUAGCCGUCCUAGAGCAUGGUGGACCGCAAGCAAACGCCGCACUCAAGCGCACCCUAAGCAAGGGCGUCCUGAUUGAUCGCCAGCACGUGCUCACAACCGUGUCGAGUGUGCACAACUCGCACCCUACCUGGGUAGUGACGAGCGUUCGGCUCGGGGACACUCCCACACGUCGUCAAACGAACGUCACCCGCGCCGGUAACCAUGCCCAGCGUACCAACGGUACGCAGCGGUACGAGAUAGAAACGGUCUUUCUGCACGAAAAGAAGGACAUCGCACUGAUUCGUCUGGCGGAUGGAGGAGUGCGUCAGCUCACCGACACGAUACGCCCGAUCUGCUUGCCCCGGGAAGACUAUAGGCUGGAAAACUUCAAGCUAACUGCACACGUUUGCCAACGGCGGCUCGAGCCGACCGGUCGGGUCAGCCGGAGCAGGCUGCAACCGCUCGAGCUGGUCAGCGUUGACAGCUGCAAUGAGCUGAUGCGACCGUACGGUGCACGGCUGCCGGUGAAGAGCUUCUGCGCACGGGAAGCUGCCCACGAUAAUUGUACCGGCACGCUCGGCGGUCCCGCCAUCGCUAGCGUACGCGGCAAAUAUCACGUGCUGGGACUACGCUCGUACAUCCACACCGAGACUAUGGUCGAUGGGCUGGACCUUCCCAGCAUCUAUGUACGAGUCGGCGGGCUACGCAAAUGGAUAUCAGCCGUGAUAAAGGCUAUCAGCGAUUGAGCUGACU